AUGGAAGGAAUUGACCUUAAACAUUAUCACGAUGAAGAGUGUGAUCACCAUCUACUGGUAGAAACCUACGCUGGUCAUGAUAAAACAGAUUCCAAAGAGGAACUGAUGAAAAUGCCACAGCAAAAAUUAUUUGAGGUAUUGUCCUCAGGUAUGUUCAUGUUUAAUUCCUUUUAUUGCUUUUUUUGUCAGUUACAUCUGUAUUAAAGAGGCUCUGUCACUUGUAAGGUCUUUGUAUUUCCUGAAAGGGGCGCUAUAGGCACCCAGACUACUUCAUCUCAUUGAAAUGGUCUGGAUGCAAUGUCACUGUCUCCUUAAGCCUGCAAUAUUAAUUAAUGCAGUUUCUGAGAAAUUGCAAUAAGUACAUAUCAGGGUUAAGACUGCCCCUAGCUUGCCUAAUAAUGCCUGUAGGAGAGUUGGAAGGGAGAUAUACAUAUCUAAAGCUCUCGCCCUCCACUGACACCCUCUGGUUAAUCAGUUCCUGAUUAAUGAUUCCACCAGGGGCUCUUAGUUUUUUUUACUCUUGCAUAUGAAUGUGUACAUAAAAUGGAGGUAUAAGGGAGAUACUGCAAGACUGCUGGAUCCUCUAUCGAUCUUUGAGAACAUUGAAAUAUUUACAUCUGAUUUGUAUCUUGAGAAGUUGCAGUUUCCCGUUGUUUUCCUUCAGGUACCGUGAAAGGAGAAACUCUGAUAGAUCUCACCAUUGCUCCAGCCUUCGGUCAUUUAAUGGUCGCAGCUGAUUUCUUUAAGGAGAUCUUCAUAUUGGACUCAUCAGACAGUUCGCUCAAGGAAACUGAAAAAUGGCUGAAUAAGGAGCCAGGAGCUGUAGACUGGUCUCAUGCAGCUCACAUUUCAUGUGAAAUUAAGGGUGUGAGGUAAGUCUGCUGGGUUAGAUAAAUGUUGCUUUGUGUAUUCUAAAGGGACCCAGACCACUACAUCCUCAAUGACGUAAUCUGGGUGUGGUGGCCCUGUCCUUUUAACCCUUCAAUAUAAAGCAUUGCAGUUUAUAGAAACUAUGAUGUUUGUAUUGCAGGGUUAUAUCGAUUGCAGGGUUAAAUCCACCUCUAGUAGCUGUCCCAUGAUGCAAACGCCCAUAAUAAAGCAUUGAAUUUAGUAUUUUACUAUGCGGAAAACUAUUUCUAGGGAAGCAAAUAUAGCUGCAAUAUUCAAUAUAGAUGGAAUCUGAGCUUUUGAUCUAGUGUAAGUCAUAUAUUAAAGCAGCACUGUCACAGUCUGUGGACUUUGCUGAAUUUGAAAAGACCCCUGGCAGUGACAUCAAAGCUGGGGUCUGGUGGCCAGGAGGGACAGGUAAGGGUGAGAUUUACUUACCUGAACCUGUCCCUCAUGUGCGCGGUCAUCUUAAUUUAGUGGGUCCUCUUGGAAGCCGAUGUCUCUGCUGUACUAUCUCGCAUGUGCGAGUGUAUUGAAUUGAGAUCUAUGGAGGUUCCUGCGAGACAGCGAUAUCCUCCCUAGACACAGCCAACUCCCUGCAGCCAUAACUGGUGAUGGCUGUUGGGACUGACACUUCGACUCUGCCCUGAGUCUAAGAAAGUUAAGUGAAGGAGAAAUACAGAGACAAAGUAGUCCGUACUUUGUUUCUGUAUAUCUCUUGACUGGGUUGGCAUUUCAGUGAAAUUCAGAAUUCAGAGUGAAUAUUUCAUUCAUGGUGGGGGGGAAAAGUGCUGCUUUCAAUAGUUAUGAAAUCCCUUAUUAAUUGCUAGCACACUAAAUAAAAUCAAUAACAACUGCUUUCAUUGACUAUUGUGUUGUCCAGGCACAGCAAAGAAAUUCCAUGUGGUUCAUAUAGAACAUAGGUAGGCAGCCUUUGACACUCCAGUUGUUCUUGGCUAUAUCUCCAUAAUGCUGCCAAAGCUUCAGGGGAAAUGUAGUUCACAACAUUUAGAAUGAGAAAAGUUUCCAAUGCCUACCCUUCCUCUACAUAAAAAUAUUAUCUCUUUAUUUCAGAUCCCCAUCUAUUGCAAGACUACAUUCCCUUAAAACAUCGGAAUCCUUGAAGGUAUGCUCCAUUAAAAACAAAAACAAAUCUAUUUAGUAGAUAUAUCCCUAAGAAAAUGUGCAUGUAAUUUGUUUUGCAUGAUUUCUUUGGUGUAUAUAAAAUUUUUAGUUGCAAUAGUUGCAGAUCUAGUAUCUGCAGCUCCUGCCAGCCCCUUCCACUCCCCUCUUCUUCCCCAACUCGGUCUUUCUAUCAAUUGUAUUGCUGCCUCUCAAGUUUUGCACCCCUGAGCUAACAUGACCUGCUAUCCGACAGCCCUUGGGGAGUAACAAUGUUCAUUUAUAUUGAAAUCAGCACUUUUGUAAAAUAAGAAAAAGAGGUCAUAUCCUUCACACACAAAACACUUUGUAAGCCCAAGUGCAUUAUGUGUUUGGAGUGUUACUUUGAAUACUUACAGGGUUAUUCACUAAGGUGUAAAUUCAAAGGGAAUUACAUUUUUUAAGCUAAAAAAAUUGUACUGAAGGAUAGCUGACACGGAUAAUCUUUCCAGUCUGGAUAUUUUAAACUUAAAUUUGAAAUUUACCUUAAAUUCAUUUUAAAUUCACCAUGAAGCACCAUGGUCCUUCAGGGUUGCAUACAUGUAGUCUUGGAAAAGACAAACAUAACAUUUAAAUUUUUUGAUGUUUCCUCUUACAGUUGCCAGGAGGAGCACAGCAGCAGUAUUUCAAGGUAACUUUUUUUUCACGCAUGCACUUGUUUUCAUUCAUUUUUUUAAAAAAAAACAAACAUAAUUUGACAACUGGAUGAAUGCGUUUACUAAACACUUUGACAGUUUUUAUGAUAUCACAACUAUUGAAUUUCAGGGAACACUUGAAAGCUGAGGAAGAGAAAGUCAGAAGAAUUGUCAAACGUUGUUUAAAAUGGGAUCCCACCAAUGACAAUCCAUUGGGUUCCAUCGUACUGCCUCAAGCAGACUGUGCGGUCAGCAUCUAUUACUUUGACGGUGCCUGUAAAGAUCAUGAAAGUUAUCGCAACAGCUUUAAAAAAUUCUUAUCCCUUGUGAAGGUGGGAGGUCAUGUCAUUCUGUUUGCCCUUUUCAAUGGGACCUAUUAUACAAUUGGUGAUCACAGGUUUUCCAUGUUAAACUAUAAUGAACAGUUUGUGAAGGAAGUUCUCCAAGACAAUGGGUUUACCACUGUGAUUUGUGAAGUGUAUGAAAGCAAAUUAAACACUGAUUUAGUAGAUUAUAAACAAACUGAGUACAUUGUAGCUCGUAUGGAAAGAGAGAUUUAA